AUGGCGCACCACGCUGAGCACGCUGCGGACGACUCGUACCACCCCAAGGAUGCUAUCUCCGCCGCCCUCAAGGCCCUCACUAUCACCGGUGGUAUCGGUCUCGUCGGAGCCACUGCUCAAGUCACCGUCCAUAAACAGAACAUGAGCCCACUCGCCGUGGUUACUCGCUUCGGAAGCACCAUCACCAUCCUCGGUGGAAUGGGUGGCACCUACGCCUUCGUGAAGGCCGCUUCCGCCAACCUGCGGGAGAAGGAGGACCCUUGGAACACCGCGCUGGGCGGUUUCUCCGCUGGUGCUCUGUUGGGUCUGCGAGCCCGCACCCUCCCCGCUGUGCUCGGCUACGGUGCUGCCGCCGCGACCUUCAUGGCCGCUUACGAUUACACCGAGGGUCUUUUCGGAAACAGCAAGAAUAAGGAGGAGGACGAAUUUGAGCGUCGACAGAAGCUGCGCAAGGCCUACCAGACCCCGGCCGAGCAGACCUUUGCGGAAUUGGGCGAGGGGCGCGGUAUCUACGGAGCCAACUAUGAGGAACGCCGCCGCGAGCGUAUCAAGGAGGCAUACGGCAUUGAGGUUCCCACAUCCCCGGUUCCUGCAUCAUAA